CCGCUGACGGAAAUGACCGAAGGCGUUCGGCUCUGGCUCGAGCGCAGCCGCACCGGCUCCUCUUUGCGGAGAUUCACCGCCUCGGAACCUGAGGGAGAAAUAAUCGGGUGUUUUUUUUCUCUCUCUCCACCCCUUCCUCUUCCCCCCCCUCCUCCGAUUAUUUUUAAACAAGUGAAAGUUGUUGUGCUGAGGGAUAUUUGCAGGAAUCUCUCCCGAUGCAGGCCAUCAAGUGUGUGGUUGUUGGGGACGGUGCUGUAGGUAAGACAUGCCUACUCAUCAGCUACACCACCAAUGCAUUCCCCGGAGAGUACAUUCCAACAGUAUUUGACAACUAUUCAGCUAAUGUUAUGGUCGAUGGGAAACCAGUGAACUUGGGACUCUGGGAUACAGCAGGUCAGGAAGAUUAUGACCGACUCCGACCCCUCUCUUACCCACAGACGGAUGUGUUUUUGAUCUGCUUUUCCCUUGUGAGCCCAGCAUCCUUUGAAAAUGUCAGGGCAAAGUGGUAUCCAGAGGUGCGGCAUCAUUGUCCAAACACACCAAUAAUCCUGGUAGGAACAAAGCUGGAUUUGCGGGAUGAUAAGGACACCAUUGAAAGGCUAAGAGAUAAAAAGCUGGCUCCCAUUACCUAUCCGCAGGGGUUGGCUAUGGCCAGAGAGAUAGGUGCUGUUAAGUACCUGGAGUGCUCUGCUCUUACUCAGCGAGGUUUGAAAACCGUCUUUGAUGAAGCAAUUCGAGCUGUGCUGUGCCCACCACCUGUGAAAAAACGUAGAAAGAAGUGCACUGUUUUCUAGGAAGACACCAUGCAGGAAAUCAUACCUUCAUAACAAUCUGCUGGUAUUUUAUCCAAAUCAUGACCCUGUGUGGUAUGAGACUGCAGAAGAGAGUGUUCUUCUUUGUGUCGCCUCUCUCUUGAGUUGGAACAGUUAGCCUUGAGAGUUAAGUCCUGAAGUCAGUAAUUAUUCUGUUAGCGUGUGUUGGAUUUUAUGUGAGGCAAUGUGGCUGUCUUCAUGGGUGGACCCCAUCAUAUUUUGUUGAGCUGCAGUAUCCCCUCUUUUGGUAGCUCCUAUCCAGCUCAAGACCAGUGACGUCCACAGUGACACUUCCCUUGUGGAAACAGUAUUAAUGGAUCCUUUCAACUUUGUGGAGUUGCUCCUUUAAUUUUAAUAGGUUACAUAACUGACUCACUACAGUGUUUGAACAUUGGUACAUUCUGCGAUUUGCUAUCCAUGUUGUUAUUCCUUAUUUAUCAUUUCACCAACUGAAAAGUGUGAAACCUAAGAAAUGAACAAAGGCUGUUCAUCACCUGUUUAAGGACUUUUUUACAUCCACUCUUUGCAUGCUUGAAUCAUUCAUCAGUCUUAAACCAGCAGUAACUUUUAGUGCUAGUCAAGACAUGCAAUCAUUUGCAUUUUUCUUAAAUGGGUUAUUUUGAAUAAACAUAAAUAUUUAACAUGAUCUUUUUCUAAGUUAGGCAUAUUGAAAUUCCAAAAGACUUUUGUCUAAAAUGGACCUUUCUUUGUAUGAACUUAGAUCUUGGCCUUUUUUGUAACCAUGUCUUGAUGCAGAAAAUCAAAAUGAGGGGUACUGCAGUGUUAAUUAUUGUGGAGAUACUUUUUGACCUUUCAAUAAGCAGCUAGAUAAUAUGGGAUCACUGAAUGCAGCAUGGGCAAAAGUGCAAGUUUAAAGUGGGGGGGUGGGGAAGGCUUGUGUAUGUGAAAGACUUGUGUAAAAAGGCUUUCUGCUGGUUAUGUAAAGUCAGUGUUUAACUGUUGUGUUCAUUAACUUUAUUACAGCACUAGCAGACUUGUGUUUCAACAAAUAAUUGAUCAGGGUUUCUCCAUUCUAAAUAUUACAGUAAAUUUUUGAAAUUGCCAGAUACAGUGUCCAACUAGUGAUGCAGGAUUUACUUGUUCUAGCUGGUACUAACAAAAAACUUUUGCCAACUUGGCAUCUUCAUUUAUAGGACUGGCCUGCAUGAUUUGAGUCCCAAUGUUUUAUUCUAAUUGACAUCCUAGCCUUAACCCUGGGAGAGAGCUGACUCUUCUGGUAAUUUCAUUGUCACUUUUGUUCUAUUGUUUAUUAUUUCUUAAAAAUGCAUUCGUACACGUUUUUGCGAAGAUUUCUAACUUGGCACAUUCUCAAGGUGCAACUUCUGAACCAAAUUAUGUUUUAAGAAUUGAAUUUCAUUAAAUAUUGUAGUAUCCUCA